AUGAACAUGCUCAAAAUCGGCUAUUUCACAGAUGCAGCUCUGAAGCCCAAGCCUGGAGAAAAGAACUCCGAUUCAUCUUCGAAGCCGAAAAACAGCACCAUUAACAUGUUUUUGAACUCAAGGAGGAGGCCAAAAAGUUUGGAGUACGCGAAGUACGACUCAAACAAAUACUCGAGACGGAAGCUAGAGAAUUGGACUGCCCAGCAAGAGCAGCGUUCCCAGCAGCAGCAGCAACAGCAUCCUGAGGAGAAAUUCUCAACAGCAGCAGCAGCUCCAGCAAGAACAACAUCCCUAGACACAGGAGUAGCGUCGCCAAAGCAGCAGCAUCCCCAACAGCAGCAGCUACAGCCUAAACAACAGCAGGAGACCCAGCUCCUAAAGCUGCACAUACCACCGACUAGUUCUUUAAAAGCCACAAUAUGUAACCCUAAAUAA